UUUAUGGGCGUUUAAUAUACGGUAUUCGUACGCUGUAUUUAUACUGUUAUAAAUACGGCGUAUAAAACCCGGGAAGCCGGAACAUAAAAAAUGAUAGAUAAUCAGCGUUUUCUGCUUAUCUCCAUUUCGGGGGAGUCUGCAGCCAAUGCUCCCUCCUCUCGUUCUUCACCUCGUCUUCUUCUUCUUCUUUUUCUUAUUCUCGUACUUCUCUCAAUUUCUCUCAGAUCCUCAAAUCUCCCAUUGUUCUAGUUUAGAUCUGGCCCCUAUUCUUCAGAACCCGGCUCGAUUCGCGGGUUAGAGCUUCGGUUGGGACCAUGAAACUGACCCAGAAGGAUUCCGACAAGGUGAUUUGGGAUCAGAUGAGAAGCCCAUCGGGAACACCCAUUGCCGUCGCGGCCUCCCCGAAUCGGGCCCUGCCCAAGUUCAUGGUCUGGAUCAUCCUCUUCGUCUCCGUCAGCUACGUCAUCUACACUCUAAAGCUCGUCUCCUCCUCUUCCCGCUCCUGCGACGACGACCCCCUCUUCAUCGCCACCAACAACCGCCUCGCUCUGCGCCUCUCGUUGCCCGUGAACGCCACGGAGCCCGCCCCCGAUUCGGAGGAAUCGACUGUCCGAAAGAAUCUGGGUCAAACCCGAAUCCACGACCCGACAGGCCUGGACCACAUCGUGUUCGGCAUUGCGGCGUCGGCCAAGCUCUGGGACCAGAGGAAGAACUACAUCAAGCUGUGGUGGAAGCCGGGGCAAAUGCGGGGCGUUGUGUGGCUGGACAGGCCGGUGGAGACCCAACCCGACGAGGACCUGCCCGAGGUCCGAAUCUCGGGCAACACGACGCGGUUCAAGUACACGAACCGGCAGGGCCACCGGUCAGCGAUUCGUAUAUCGCGGAUCGUGUCGGAGACCUUCCGGCUGGGGAUGGAGAACGUGCGGUGGUUCGUGAUGGGCGACGACGACACCGUCUUCGUCACCGACAACCUGGUCAGGGUCCUCAACAAGUACGACCACAACCAGUACUACUACAUUGGAAGCCUUUCGGAGAGCCACCUCCAGAACAUCUAUUUCUCGUACAACAUGGCGUACGGCGGCGGCGGCUUCGCCAUCAGCUACCCCUUGGCCAAAGCUCUGGAGAAAAUGCAGGACCGGUGCAUCCAGAGGUACCCGGGACUGUUCGCCUCCGACGAUCGAAUGCAGGCUUGUAUGGCGGAACUCGGCGUCCCACUCACCAAAGAAGUGGGUUUCCACCAGUAUGAUGUAUAUGGGAACCUCUUCGGGCUGCUGGCGGCGCACCCGGUGGCGCCAUUGGUGUCGAUGCACCAUCUGGACGUGGUUGAGCCCAUUUUCCCCAAUGUGACGCGGGUUGAAGCCCUGCAGAGGUUUAUAAUUCCCAUGAAGCUGGACUCAGCAGGCCUCAUACAGCAAUCCAUUUGCUACGAUAGCGAGAAGAAGUGGACCGUCUCUAUCUCAUGGGGUUUUGCGGUUCAAGUUUUCCGGGGCGUGCUGUCGCCCCGGGAAAUCGAGAUGCCUUCCAGGACCUUCUUGAAUUGGUACAGAAGAGCCGAUUACACGGCCUAUGCGUUUAAUACCCGGCCGGUAAUGCGAAACACUUGCCAGAAGCCCUUUGUGUUCUACUUGUCAAAGGCGUGGUUGGAUGCUUCCACGAACAGAACGGUGAGCCAUUACGCUCGGCAUCAGGUCCUCUAUCCGGCGUGCAGAUGGAAGAUGCCGGAUCCUGCAGACCUCGACAGGGUGGAGGUUUAUAAGAAACCCGACCCUGAUCUGUGGAAUAGGUCUCCUCGGAGAAACUGCUGUAGGAUCGUGAACUCGAAGAGGAAAAGCAUGGCGGUGGAGGUGGGGAUGUGCGGGGAAGGCGAGAUCAGCGAGAUAGUACAGGCAACGAAGAGUCGUGGGAGGUAGGGCAAGCAGCAGGCAGGCAGGCAGGCAGGCGUCGUUUAUUGUGGUAGGUUUGAUUCAGUUUUGUUGGGUGGUUCCCAUUCUUAAUUAGCUCUAAUUAUGAUGAUUUCUUAAUUUGUUAAUCCACGAGGCAUCGCGUUCAGAUCCCUUCCUCCCUUGCCAAUCCGCGAUGGCCAACCGGUCAAUUGUUUAGCCACAAUGUUGUUGUAUGUAUUAUGUAAACAAUGUGAUAAGAAGUUACAAUGUAUUCUAAAAAGAGCGUUCCAGUACA